GGACAUAGCUGGUAAUGUAGCUUGUUUUCUCUCGUUUUAUGACAUUUUAAGUGGAAUUUCUUAUCUUCUUAUGGAACGAUAAAAGUAGACCAUAACGAGACAUAACGGCAAAAUGGCGAUGUUGACGGGAAUGUCACAGACUUGUUGUAAAACGCCCUAGAUAUGGCGUUAGCAGGCAGGAAGUCAGUAUGUCAGGUUUGUCAAUAAACAAUAUGGAUCAACAUUUGAAAAAGAGAAAAUUGCUGUUUGGUCACUGUGGAGUAAAAAAGAAACAAGGCCAGAUUUAAACCUGCUUAAUGAUGGUUUUGCCAGUAAAAUUAUUCAUGUUGAGUUGACAAGUGUGAUAUUAAACUAGUGAAUGGUUUUAAUUUUAGAAUUAGAAUGUCUGUUCCUGAACCGUAAAAUGUGUGUUAUUUUUUUUAAAAUGUUCAAAAUAUAAGUGUUCAGUUCAAUAUCAAUAUAAAAAUGGCGGAAGCGAUGCUGCCUAAAAGUAAGAACUCAGACUACAGUUCUGUGGAUGAUUUGUCUAUUCCUGUCACAAGAAAAUCAAGUUUGUCAGAUAUAGAGACGCCAAUACGCGAGAGGUCAAACAGUGACUCGACCCUUAACUUUAUGAGUGAGCAGUCAUGGUCUGUGCUAUCGGUAGAUAAAUAUAAGUUUACGAUAGGUAAAGAUAGAUAUAUUACUGUAUCCUGGGAUGUAAGAGAAGAUGUUGGAGCUAGAGACUGGAUUGGUUUAUUUCCUAAAGGUGAAACAGUUUCAACUAAAUUUGUUGAUUGUAAGAAUCGUGGCGUCAACGGAGGUCAUACCGGUCAAAUUCAAUGGGAUAUUGAUGCCAUUAGUCAUAAUUUUAUAGAAGCUGAAUCCGAACUAUGUUUUAAAUAUUAUCAAGGGAGUACUGGAGAUGUUUUAGCUACAAGUCCUAUGAUAGUUCUCGUUAAUCCACAUCCAGGAAGAAGGGGUAGUAUAUCAGUUAAUGGCUCAUCAUCACCAGAAGAAGAAGAUGCGUUAUUUCGUGUUAUAAUAACUGAUUUGGAGGCAUCAAACCUAAAGAAAGGAAUGUUUUUUAAUCCUGAUCCAUAUGUCAAAAUCCAGGCACUACCUGGUAAAUUACAAGAACAAAAACCACAUCAUAUGAAGGAUGUCCGCUCAUCUAUACAAUCUAAUACAACAAACCCUCACUGGGAAGGGGAGGUAUUCACUGUUGAUGCCAAGCUUUGUGAUAUUUUAGAUUUAGAAAUUAAAGAUAAAUUUUCUAAGAGUAGACCAACUAUUAGCAGAUUUCUAGGAAAGGCUUCUGUUAUAGUACAGCGUAUCAUGGAUAAAGUGUCACAAUCACAAAGUCCUUCAAACUUCAGCAUAGAUUUAUCAAGAAGAAAUCCAUCAGAUAAUAUAAGUGGAACUUUGAAAUUUAAGGCCAACAUACAACUUAUUAUCUCAGGUAUAAAAAAUGAACAAACAAAAAAACGAAAAAAUCACCAAAGAAAGGCUUCAUUACCAGCAGAUCUAGAUCCACAAGUUAAUCAGAAUAGAAAUAAUCAACAUCGACAUCGUCACACGGACCCAGGGUUCACGAAAAAUACUGAAUCUACAUGGAAAAAUACAUCAGAAGUGAUUGAAGAACAAGAUGUGUCUAUAGCGCAGUUAACACGAGGCCGUAUUACAGAUGAAGAGGCUGCUGUGACUAACGAAGAUAGUGCGAUCAAUGGGAGUCCGCCAAAUACAUCUGUUGUGCCAAAUGCUGCAUGUGCUGGUUGUCACAAUCAGACUGAUAGUUCGGAUUCGGGCACAUCAUUGACUCUGGUCUCAUCCAGUGAUAAUUCGGGUGGCUCGAUUACGUGUACGACAGCCACACCGUCUAUGAAUUUACAAAAUAGCAGUGAUAGUCAGUUAGGCCAGGAUAUAACAGAGACAUAUAGCUUCGGUGGACAGGCGUCUCUAAGUACAGGUUAUAGUUGUGAUGCAGAAAUUGUGAAUAUUGUUGACUCUGCUGUUUGUAAUGCAGAAAACUCAAGUGAUCCAAAUUCAAAUGUGUGGGCUAAACCCAAGAACAUGGUGUCUCAAUCUCAAAAUGCAGCUACGUCGAAUUCUAAUUUUUACACAAAAGACGCUCAACCUCCCAUUUUACCUCCCCGAACUUAUGCUGCAAAGGUUAGAGCCCCACCCCUUCCUCCCCGUAAGAAACCUGUAGAAGCCCCUCCCCUCCCUCCAAGAAAGGCUGAAAAGAUAACUCCUACAAAAGGUCAACCUGGAUCAAAUACAGGAAGUCCAAAUUCUUCAUUAGGAGAGGAACCCACAAACAAAUUAGAACUGCCUCCCCCUCCCCUCCCCCCACGCACAUAUAGCCCAAUUCACAUGCAGCUUGGGACAGGAAGUUCAAAUACAGAAGAGGAGAUUCAGACAAGUGAUAGAAAUAGUUUUAAUAGUUUAGAAACAUUUACUGGUUCACGUGAAAAUUCUCGACAAGAUUUGGACGAUGUUCUUGGUGCUGAAGGUGGAGCGCCUCAAUCUGAACCAGUAAUUGUGCGGGAACAACCAAAAGAACUCUCCAGAGAACAAGAAGUCUUCCCAUGGGGAGCUAAUAGUGCUAUGCCUUCACAAAGAUCUAGCAUCUGCUCAAGCACAGAUUCACCUGAUCUUGCAAAUGUUCCAAGGCGACAUAUACAAAAAAGCCGCAGUAGAAACUCAAUGCCUUCACUGUCAGAUCAGUUGGCGCGAAUUCCAUCAAUAGACUCUGUUGUUUCAAACAGCCAAUCAGGAUCUGGGUCUCAAGCUCUCAUGUCCAGAUCUUAUAUUAGUCCUUCAGAUAGUGCGGUGUCAACCACAGUUUCUGGAGAGACACCCCGUGAUAGAGGCCUAGGAACGGCAAUGGGUGUGACUGAAUUACAGCGUAAAAGAAGAAGUCACGAUGGGGCUUCUCCACAGCGUUCAGCUAGUUUCAAUAGUGCUCCUGUACCAUCACUACAACCUAGAAACCGUGUUUUAUCCGAAGAAGAAAAAGAACAAAAUAGACUUCAGAUUUAUCAAUAUUUACAAUUAUGGUCAGAAAGGGCCAAAGGCAAAACAAACAUCUCCAAACCUGAAAUUCAGGUUUCUGGCCCUUCCGGUGCUACGAUAACAGAAAACGUGCCAAAUCGUGGUUGUGAAAAUGUGACUCCACCUCCUCAUAUAGACUCGUGUAUUGCUGCAUCGUCAGCGCCUAAUUCAAAACAAUAUCGUAAACAGGUGGCUCAUAAUCCUAAACGUGAUAGUGUGGACGGUACACCUACUUCGUCUGUUAGGCCUGGUAGAGAUUCGUCUCAAACAAAUAAUGUGUGGCAGUCUCGAAGAAAUGAUUCCCCCAGUUCGGGUGGUGCUGGCCAGAGAACAUCUAUGGCCUCCUCUACUGGAAGUGACAAUAAUCCAGUUUUAUUACCUAAAGUUCCUGCUAGAAAACCUAAAUAUAGUCCUGUUGACAAUAAUACAGAGGAAGAACCAUUACCAGCAGGCUGGGAAGCAAGGGUUGAUAGUCAUGGUCGUAUAUUUUAUAUUGAUCAUAUCAACAGACAGACAACAUGGCAGAGACCACAGAGUAAUACUCGUACAGUACAUCGUAGACCCACAAUUAGUUCAGAACAGAGACAGCAACUAGAUAGAAGAUAUCAAAGUAUCCGCCGAACCAUCACACAGAGUCGAGAACAAGAUGGAGGAUCUAACACGUCUAUGGAUAUGCCCCCAGUAUCAACACCAGAAGUUAGUCCACAGAGUCUAGUUACACAAACUCCAACAGAAAGAUCAGUGUAUAAAUUACCAGCUGUUAAAUUUCUUAUUAGACCUGAUUUCUUUCCUAUGUUACAAGGCAAUGAGUUGGCCUUAGCAGAAUAUAAUCGUAAUUCUCAGCUCAAACAUAUGAUUACCAGAAUCAGGAGAGAUGCUCAAACAUUCGAAAGAUAUCAACAUAAUCGUGAUCUUGUGAUGUUUUUAAAUCUGUUUGCUGAUAUGAGUAAAGAAGUACCUCGGCGUUGGGAGAUGAAGUUAGACAGGUCAGGAAAAACAUUUUUUAUCGACCAUAAAAUGAAGAUUACAACGUUUAUAGAUCCUAGAUUACCAACAGAUGUACCGUUAAUUAAUACAGAUUUCUUACAAACACCAUUACCUAGAGGACCAAACAGAGCUCCACGUGAAUCAUUACGUCUUGAUGCUCCUGUACCACCACCUCGUCAACCUGUAACAGAACCAACUAAUACAGCUAUACCUUCAGCAUAUAAUGAAAAGGUUGUGUUGUUUUUACGUCAAACUGAGAUUGAUGAUGUCAUUAAAGAGAAAUUCUCCUCGUAUAGUAGUAACAGUUCUUUACGUGAUAAAGUACAUAAAAUACGAAACCAUGGUACAGAAGCUCUAGAUAGAUUGUGUAAUGAUAUAGAUUUAACAAUAUUAUUAAGUGUAUUUGAACAAGAUAUAAUGUCAUAUAUACCACCAGCUUUACGUAAUCCAGCCAGUAAUUUAGAAACUAAUCAAGGUUCACCGCAAGGUUCACCAGCCCCAAAUAGACCGCCUGCUCGUGUUCCAGCUCCCCAUAAAAGAGAUUUCCAUGCAAAACUGCGAAACUUCUAUAGAAAACUAGAUUCUAAAGGUUAUGGUCAAGGACCAGGAAAAUUAAAAUUAACUGUUAGAAGAGAUCAUGUUUUAGAAGAUUCUUUUAAUAAAAUUAUGUCCACACAGAAAAAAGAACUACAGAAAAAUAAACUUUAUAUAACAUUUGCUGGAGAAGAAGGAUUGGAUUAUGGUGGUCCAUCUCGAGAGUUUUUCUUCCUUCUAUCAAGAGAAUUAUUUAAUCCAUACUAUGGUUUAUUUGAAUAUUCAGCUAAUGAUACAUAUACAGUACAAAUCAGUCCUAUGUCAGCUUUUGUUGAAAAUGCUCAUGAAUGGUUUCGUUUCGCUGGUCGAGUUCUAGGUCUUGCCUUAGUUCAUCAAUAUCUGCUGGAUGCGUUUUUUACUCGUCCAUUUUACAAAUUUAUAUUGAGAGUGCCUUGGUCUUUAGAAGAUGUGGAGACUAUUGAUGCUGGAUUUUAUCAGAGUUUGUUGUGGAUAAAAGAUAAUGAUAUAACAGACUUAGAUCUAGAUCUUACAUUCUCUGUUAGUGAAGAAGUCUUUGGUCAGGUAACUGAGAGAGAAUUAAAACCAAGUGGUAGUAAAACAGCUGUAACAGAACGUAAUAAGAAGGAAUAUAUAGAAAAAAUGGCUAAAUGGAGAUUAGAAAGAGGUGUGUCUGAUCAAACAGAAAGUCUUAUCCGAGGAUUUCAUGAGGUUGUGGAGCCACGAAUUGUAUCUUUAUUUGAUGCUAGAGAAUUAGAGUUAGUGAUAGCUGGUACUGUAGAAAUAGAUAUAACUGAUUGGAGAAAAAACACAGAAUAUAGAUCAGGUUAUCAUGAUCAACAUCCUGUUAUACAGUGGUUUUGGACAGCUAUAUCUAAAUUUGAUAAUGAAAGAAGGCUUAGAUUACUACAGUUUGUAACAGGAACAUCUAGUAUACCUUAUGAAGGUUUCUCGGCUCUGAGAGGUAGCAAUGGUCCACGCAAAUUCUGUAUAGAAAAAUGGGGCAAGGUGACAAGUUUACCUCGAGCUCACACAUGUUUUAAUCGAUUAGAUCUACCACCUUAUACUUGCUGUGAUAUGUUGUUUGAAAAAAUAGUAAUGGCUGUAGAAGAGACUAGUACGUUUGGUAUCGAGUGAAGGAAAGUGAAUCUAAAUGAAUUAGGAAGGUGACAUAAUGGCAUAGGAAUUAAUGAUCUGCAAGAGGAGCCUAGUGAAGAUGUAUAAGAUGAUUAUCAAAUACAGGGUUGAUUAUAAAUGAUAUAUUCCAGACUAAAGAAGAAACCUAAAGAGAUCAAUUUUUAUUUUAUGAAAAAUAUUUGAUGUUGUUGUUCCUCAUUUUCUUCAUCAAGAGUCUUUUGAUAUUAUUUUUAAAUAACAAUUUUACAAUAGAGUAUUAGUGAAAAUUUGUGAUUUAUUGCUUUUUGUUCAAUUAGGCUAGAAUUAUUCAAACUUUUAAAAUGUGAAAAUGCAAUAAUAUGUUCUUUCAAGACCAUUUUCCCCUAAAUACACAUUGAUCCCCAUUUCUUUUCUCUUUUUUCAUCUAAAAUGUGUGAUUGAAUAUAUCUAGUCAUUAGAAUGGUCUAGUAAUCAUACCAAAGCACAAGUAAUAUUAAUAUAUUAAUAUAGUACUGGUAUAGUAAGAAUUAGAUAAACCUAUAAAUUUAUAAUUUAACUCAUAAUAGGAAUAAUAUAUUCUUCUAUUUUUAUUAUAGAAAAUAUAAAAAGCUUUCAUUUGUAGAGAUGAAAAUUGUCUUUGGCAUUAAUACAAACGUAACAUUUUGUUUAUUAUAAUCAAUGGAUAUCCCUACAUUGAGUAUUCAUAACGUUUUUGUCAUGAAUUUUCCACAUAUGCGUGAAAUAUUUUCUAGUCCCAUAUUUAUUUACUGUUGGCCUUGUGCUGUAACUGUAAAUGACAUCCAAAUGUUUAUAUUGUACUGCAUAUGUUGUGUGACAUUCUGUAUACAUACAUACAACUCUUGGAUAGAUAUACCAUAUUAGGGUUAUCUCAGGGAUUCCACUGGAAAACCAAGGGGAUGCUCGAUUGUCAGUCCGGAACGUCCAGAAUUAAUAGAAUUUCAAUCGAAUGACGCAGAAUUCAGUUCUAUCACAGUUCUGUCAAUCCUGACAACAGAGGUGGUGUGAGUAGAAUCAUGAUGUAAUUAAACACAACACAUAUGUUUCAGCUGUCAUUGUUGGUUGGGUUAUUUUCUUCAGGCAGUCAGCACAUGCAUUGUAGCUCAAAAUCCCCUUUUCACUCGAUUGUCACUAUUUUGGGGAUGAAGAAAUUCAAUUCCGGAACGUUCAAUCGAGUAUCCCCCUAGAGUGUAAUAUUGUCAACAAUCUAUUAAUAGCCUACAAAGCAGAGCAGAGAGACUUUGUAAUUAAAUUGUAUAAUUAUUGUGAACCCUUUGUCAGAAAUUGAUGAUUUUUAAUAACCAACUGAAUAUGCCUGAAAUAGGACUAAGCCAUAAUUUCCUACUCAUUCUCCCUCGUUUAAAGAUUUGCUUGAAUUUGAGUUAUUUUGUUACUACACUGUACAAUUAAUGUACUGUAAAACAUGAAAUCACUUAAAGAUGCAUUAUUUAAAAGCUAAAUCUGCCUAUUGCAGGUAUUUUUUUCUGACUUCAAUUGUUAUAUAUGAAUUAUUAACAUGACAAGCCCAUAAUCAAAUCUCUGGGCCAUCGUUGGGCUCCGAUUUUGUCAAAACUAUAAACACUGAUAGCAUCACACAGAAUAAAACAAUUUGGCUGAUAUUUUCAAUGUACAGUGUAUUCAUUAUCUUAUUUUGAACUAUUAUAGCAAGAAUGGACAACACUUUAUCAAAUCCUUACAUAAUGCAUCUUUAGAUUACUUUCGAGGUGUCGUUUGUUGAUUUUAAAAUAUGUCAAAUUAAAAAAACUCUGUUAUUCCAUUGAAUUACUAUGAUUGUCUUUAAAGAGGAGACUCAAUCUUGAACUGUGAGAUAGAUUACAAUUGCCUUAAUCUGUAAUGAGCUCAAAAUGGUGAUAAAAAUAUCCAAACCUUGUACAUGUAUAUAUUGCCAAUACUAUAUAUGGCUCAAUCCUUGAAAUAUAUUCUAGAAGGAGACUAAGAUCUCAAACAACAUUAAAUGCAUGAAAUAAAUCAUUUUCCUUUUAAACUCGGAGUAUGCUAAAUAUCAAAAUUAUACUAUACCUAUUCAAGUGUGAAAAUAAGUAGCUAAUUAUAAAUAAAGCACCCAUUUGCACUCACUGCAGACGUUUCUUUCAAAAUGAAUGCUGUUACAUAGCUGUAUUAAUUGCAUUUAUGUCCUUUUGAAGUUGGUUCUUGAUGCAUUAUCUCAAUUUUGUGUACAUUCACUCAACUUCUUGCCAGAUGCUUAGUUGUACAUUCAGCCGCAUUGUUAGGAUUUCAGGAACUACUUCUUGUCUUUAUGUAAAGAGAGUGAAGCAACUUUUGGACAAGCCAAAACAAACCAGCUAUAUUAUGAUUCUUAUUUGAUAAGCUGAGUUAGUAAAUCAAAAAUCUAGUUCCUAAACAAGAUAACUACUUAUUUGCUUUUAAAAUGCUGUGAUAUUUGUCCAAGCAAAAAAUUAAUUGCGUUUGAACUGGGUGUUUUAUUUGUCAUUAGUUACUUAUUAUCAGACUAAUUUACUUUUGUUCCAUGAUCCUUGUCGUUUAUUUUAUCAGAUAUUUGAAAUACUGUUAUUGUACAUGUAUGUUGUAUCUUUGUAUUUUAUGUAAUUUUAUUUCAGUUUUAACUUAUUCAAAAAUAUGACAAUUUACUUUAUUACGUGUUAGAUGUUCAAGUUAUGGUAUAUUGCUGAUUCAGUCAGUCAUAUAUGUGUAACAUUUAUACUCCGAUUAUAUUGAUCCGCUUCUGUCAAAAUCACCACAUAUUAUUUUGUUAAUGAUUGAUUAAAUAUAUCUAAAUUAAUGGUGAUGUCAUUACAUGUCGUCAUCAGUGUUUGGAUUAAAGAGGAUUGAGUAACUUUUUUUAACAGCAAAAAUUUCUUACUGUGUAGAAUAUUAAGAAAAUGAAAUAGCAAAACCAAAUUUAAACUGUUGCAUGCUUUAUUUUAUUUGACAGUAUAGGGUUUAAUAUGUUUUUUUUGGGGGGGUGGGGGGGUAAAUCAGUUGAAAAAAAUAUUGAAGAAUUUGUGGGCAAAUCAGAUUUUGUUAAGCCAUAAGGCAGUUCGCUAUGAGUUGGGGCCAGCAUGGAUGAUAUUAAUGAAUUCUGACAACAGUGUUACAGUAAUACCUGGCGUAGAUUGUGAUAAAAUACAGGUUAAUCUGAUCUCUGGUUGUAAUUACUGUAUAAAAAAAAAAUAGUUGUGAAUAUUGUUCCUUCUAAAGCUUCAAACACUAAUAAGUUUUAAUUAUCAGAGUUCAGCACACAGAGUACUGACAUUUUGUGAACACAAUAUUUGUCAGCAGAAAUGAAUACAGCAGUGUACUAUUCACUCUUAGAAGAGUUACAUCCCCUUCCACAUUGUACUGGGCUAUGUUUGUGAAGCAUCCAUUUUGUUGUGUUCCAUGGUAAAAGCCUCCUGUUGUUAUUCAUAUGUAUCACUUUAUUUCUCACAGUAUUCUUAAUACAUUUAAAUCAGAACACAUUAGUCUGUUAAAUUAAAUUAAACUUAAUAUGAUAUUCUGUUUUAUUUUUGGGGGGAUAUUAGUUGUAAUUAUAAACAUAUAGAUUUUUUAAUAGUAAAUAUUCAAUGAAUGAUUGUGAUAAUAUGUUAAAUAACUGUGAAUAUGUGCUGGAAAUCACAGCAAGAUUUUUCUUAGAAAUAUUCUGUUAUAUUAUUUUUUUUGAUAAACCAAAUAUUAUAUCUGUAUAACAUUAUGAAUUGAUUUGCAGUCCCAGUAUAUGUAGGGAAAAUGAUGAGAAGGGGUUCUAGAUACUUUGCUUAUCACAAGAACUAAUUUUGGAUUGUGGUUGUGACUUUUUGAAAAUUUGUCUUUAAAGAUAUAGUUCAUUGACAGUCACAAUCCUUAAUAAAUAAACAUCAAUUGACAAACGUGUCCAAACUACCAAGAACAAUUUUUGGGGUGGAUAGGGAUACUGUUGGUUUUUUUGAGAUACGUCAAAGGAAGCUGUAUUAAUAAUCUAUAAGUUUUAACCUAACUGUCAUUAUGUAUUAUACUCGCUAAACGGGUAGGUUAUUUGUCAGAUAAAAAUAUAUUUACAGGAAGUUAUAAGGAAAUAUUCAUAAUUGGUCAAUGGAACCUACUUAAAUAUCCGAUUAGUAUGUAAAUUUGGAAUUUUGGGGGGUAUAUUUUGAAUUGAGUUCCUUUUUUGACAUAAGAAAAUGUAGGUUUGUCUUGGACUGUGGGAACUUUAAAGAUAAGAUCAUUUGGGAAACUGUAUUUUUUUUAUUGUCAAAAUGUUAAUGGUUAUUUAUAUUGUUUGCUUGUGUUCAUGUAUAAAACCACCAUGUUAGCCUAUAUUAAUUGUACAGAAUCUUAUAUAUAUAUGUAUAAAACAUUGUAUAUCAACAAACUAAUCUCUACUUAAAAUUUAAAAUUAUACAUAAAACCACCAUGUUUCAAUGAAUUGUUCUCAUACUUUGAUAGGAAGCCUCUUCCAUAAAUAUGUCCUGAUGGCUAGGUCUAUGGUGGUCAAACAGUAGGUUCUAGUGUUACAGGUUGUAAGUCUACAUGUGUAAUAAACCAAAACCAAACUGUCUUCAGUCUUAUAUAGUGGAACAUAUUAAGUUUUGAGUUGAAUUAUAAGAGAGUGGAUGUCGAUUGUUAUUUACGGUAAUAUUGGGUUGAAAAGAUUGACAUUUGGUCACCUAGAAAUACAAUCACUGCCUGUGACAAUAAAUUUUACAAUUUAAAAAUAUUUGACUGCAUUUUGUCUCUAUUGGGCAAUGAGUAAAUGAGAAUCACAUACAUAUAGCAGAGUUAAGACUGUAAUAACCACAAUGGGCCAUAUAAUCUAUAAUAGGUUUCAUCAUAUUUCUGUGAUAUAGUUCUAUGCUACUUUACUUUUGACAUUAUUUACCUUCCAUAUAUACCGAUCAAGUUCUUUUAGUGUUAUAUACUCUGCUUAUGCAUUUAUACCUAUUCUGUCUAUAUAGUAUAUAUAUGUGUACACUGUUGUACUAAUAAUACCAUGUCUAUAUUUACCUACUGUCAAAUAACUCUUUCACCUACAUUUAUCUGUAAUUUUAACUUGUAUAAACAUUUUCUCCAAUUUAACUUGACACAAGUAGAUAAGACAGUAUGUAUACUAGUUUUAAAUCUUGUAUAGGUGUGUUUGUAAUGAGCUUCACAGGUUUAUUUUUAUCAGUUAAACAUUGUGCAAUGAUACUCUGUUUGAUUUCUAACAGGUGUGACAAUAGUAUGGUUUUGUGGACAUAUUUCUGUUUUUGAACUGUUUUCAAAUUACGAGUAUUUUUGUUGAUUAGAAAACACAUUGCAAUAACUAUUGUUAAAACCUCUGAUCCUCAUUUCAAAGAUUUGUAAUCCCUUGAAAACUACAAUAUUGUGAAAGUUGAAUCAUGCAUAGGAAUAUUGUUGGGAGAGGGGUUUUACAUAGGCUAAGUCUGUUCCCCAACCCCAUUCAGACAUCCUGAAUAAAAACAUUGUUUUAAAAAAGAGAAAGUAAAAAUGUUCCAAUGAUUUGAAAAAUUUGCAACAUUUGGCAUUUUCUGCCGGUUGUAUAAACACACUACCACCACUAUUAAGUGAGGGGUAAAAUCUUAUUAUAGGUCUCUUUUUAAUCCGAUUAAAUGCAACCAUCUCAGUGUUGAUAUUUUGGUUUUGUUUUCUUAAUUAAAUGUUAAAUAAUCUACUUGAGUACAUCUAAUCGUGGAUUAAGCCCUGAUGAAUUGGAUAUUGGUCGAAAAUGCAAAUAACAAUCAAUGGGUUUUAAUUGAAGUUUAAACUUUUUUUAUUUUAGUUUAGUAGUUAUAGGUCAACAAAUUAUGUUAGGUCUGUCCCUGUUCACCCAGAGCCUUGAAUUAUCAUUGUUACUUCCACUAGAUACAUGUAGAUCAUAUAGAACAGUAUAUGUACCUCUAAUAUAAUCAUGAAUAGGGCAAAAUUUGUUAUUAAAUUUGUUAUAAAGUUAUCAUAUUUUUAUAUAUAUAUUAAUUUGUUUGUAUUAAGAUAGUUAUGUCCAAUAUACCUAUAGUACUACCAUUCUACAUGCUCUGUGUACUGCUGAUCAUUGGAGUCGUCUCGGCGGAUCAUUGGCAGAAUCGCUUCUGGUAGAUAUUCCAGUGGGUUUUUCCCCGUCAGUGCUCGGAUGGGAUGGAAAACCGAAGUCUCGCGUACACAUUGGUGUGCACGUAAAAGUACUCUGGACAGUUGGAAUUCGAAAUAAGAGUAGAUUGUAACCCAGCUGUCUGGGCAAAAUUUCCUAAUGGCACAUUGCAUUGCUUAUGCCUGUCUUCAUUAGCUCGGCCGGUGCAGAAAGGAAGUGUGACUGACUAGAAGUGUUACAGUGUUUUGAUCUUGAUUAAUGGCUGAUGAUCCAAUAAUGUAAUAGACCAGGGGGCAAGUAGAAUGUGUUUGUUCUAUACUAUAGCAGGUUUUUAUACUCUUUGUUUCUCCAGACAUUGUGUACAUUGAUUGGUGGUUACUUGAUGUGAUUGAAUUAAUAUAUUAAUUAAUGACAUGGAAAAUUGUUUACACUUUAUUGGUCCAAGACAUGAUAAUUAUGUUAGAAUAUUUAAAAACUUAUCAAUUAUUACUUUUAUUACACAAUAGUUGUUAAAUGUUUUAUUUAGCUUUUGUUAAAUGUUUAUAAGCUAUUUAUAUUAAGGAAAUUAGAUCUGCUCAUCUGUCAAACUCAUAAUUCAAAUAUUGUAUGUCAUAGACCAUCAUAAUUUCUUUUGCAUCAUUAUCAAUGCAAUUUCUCAUUAUUAUUUUUAUGCUGAGCCUGUACAAGGUACUUGGAAUUUUGUUGGGUUUUCUCUUUAUAACUAGCCAAAUAACCACAGCCAGUUUUAAUCAAAAAGCACAAAUACUCUAAUCUGUAGAGUGUUCAACAAGAAAGAUGAAAGAAUGCUACUCUAAAGAAUGAUAGUCAACCAAAUGUUGUUUUGCUGUAUGUUGCCAUUAGUAACUUGACAGUUACUAGUAUAUUUAGGUGGUUUCAAAGAGAAUGUAGCUGGUUUUAGGUUGUUUAAUGAUCAAAGGUGUACAAUAUAUAACCAAUAAAUGGUGUUAAUUGAGUGAUAAUUGUGAAAUGUAAAACUGUCCAUGACAUUUUAUCAGCUACAUUGGACACUGUACUAACAACAAUAAACAUACGCAGUGUGGGUCUGGGAAUUUCUUCCUAUGGUCAAAUGAUAAAAUAGUCCCCUAAAAUCAUUAACUUUUUUUUCCUUGAAAAUGAUAUUUUCGUUUUUGAACAAGACAAGUCAUAUAACACAAUGUAGCGUUCAUCACAAAAACAAAAUAUUUUAAGGAUUUAGAAUUUUCAUUGGCUGAGAGUUAAAAUCCUGGUAUAUUCACUGCUUCUCAGCCAAUGAAAAGGCUGCAUUCUUAAGAUAUACAAGUUGAUGUGAAUAAAGGCCCCUGGUGUUUAUUGAUAAAGUCUUAAAUAAUUGACUGCUUUACUUUGCUAUAAGAUAAUGUAACACUUUAAUGCAAGUUGUUUAUGUUAAAUGUAUAUUAAUGUAUAAUAUAUAUUAUGUAAGAUGUAUGUAUCAAUCAUGUUAUGUAAUUGUUCUAUGGUUGUAAUACAUGGGUUAUUAUUAAUUUAUUAUAAAUAUAAUUAUUGUAUAUGUAGAUAUACUAAUAUGUAAUAUAUAGACUAGACAGUAUCUAAUCACUGUAAAUAACUAACGCUUGAAUCUGACCACACCUUGUAUGUAUCUCCUUGUACUUCCUAAUGUAAAUAUGUUUUAAAAGUAAUCCCAUUUUUCAUAAAGCUAUAAAAUGCAAAUAAUAAAAUUAUGCAAAAUA